AUCAAUCAAUCAAUCAAUCAAUCAAUCAAUCAAUCAAUCAAUCAAUCAAUCCAUCAAUCCACCAAUCCACCAAUCAAUCAAUCCAUCCAUUCUCCCGUCCUCAAGCCACCGAGCAUCCGCCAUCAACAAAACAGCAAAGACAAUCAAUAACCUCAACCAACCCCUCAAUCCAAAAACAACAGUUCCACUCCCGUGAUCAAUCAUCCAACCCCUCAACAUGUCUGCAUCCGUUUCCACCUCCACUCCUGCUCCCAUGGUGCGACCGGCCCUGGAUCCCGAUCUCGCCGCGGUGCACCGGGGCAUCCCCACGCUGGAUGUCGGCACCGAUGAGGAGCGCGCCGCCUAUCGCGAGUUCCUGCACACCAUCUUCACCCUGCAGAACACCCUCCGCGGGAAAGAAGAGACGGUGGUGUCCGAGGAGCGCGACAUCCCGGGCCCGGCGGGUCCCAUGCGCGCCACGAUCUUCCGGCCCAAGCACCAGACUCACUCGGUGGACGAGAUCCCCGGGGUCCUGCACAUCCACGGCGGGGGUCUCUCCAGCGGGAACCGCUACCUGGGCCUGACGGUGCUGGACUGGGUGGAGACCCUGGGGGCGGUCGUGGUGACGGCGGAGUACCGGCUGGCCCCGGAGCAUCCCCACCCGGCGCCGCUGGAGGACAGCUACGCCGCCCUGCAGUGGAUGAGCGCCCACGCCGCCGAGCUGGGCUUCAGCCCUCGCAAUCUGGUCGUCACCGGCGGGUCGGCCGGGGGCAACCUGGCCGCGGGCGUGGCCCUGCUGGCCCGCGACCGCCAGGGCCCGACCCUCCGCGGCCAGGUGCUGAUGUACCCCUGGCUCGACGACCGCACCGACUGGCCCUCCGUCCACCAGUACGGCGACAUCGCCCCCGUCACCGAGGCCGACCUCCUCGACGCCUCCACCCUGGCCUUCGGGGCCAACCACGAGCACGCCGACCUGUACACGGCGCCCACCCGCGCCCCCGACCUCUCCGGCCUGCCGCCCACCUUCCUCGACGUCGGCGCGGCCGAUGUCUUCCGCGACCAGGACCUCGCCUACGCCGCUGCCCUGUGGCGCGACGGCGUGGCUACCGAGCUGCACGUCUGGCCCGGGGCCUGGCACGGCUUCGACGUGUUCGCGCCCGAUGCGCCCAUCAGUCGGCGUGCCGGUGCCGCUCGCUUGGACUGGAUGCGCCGGUUGUUCAGCUCGGAUAGGGCUUAGAUGGGGCGAGGGAGCGUGCGCGCGCAUGGAGUGGAGUUAGACCAUCUGCAUCGUUGACAUUCAUGUAUUGUGGCAUUGGGUUUGAGAUUCUGUCUGCAUUUCCUGUCUGCAUUUUCUGUCUGC